CAGAAUGUUACAUCAAUCGCAUCAACAAAAGCGGAAUCCAUACAACAUUCAAUUUGUACUUUUAAUCACCACUGUUAUAGCAAUUAUCUUACCAACACUAGUUAAUUGUGUACAGUUCGAUCCAGAUCUACCUCCUGGACCGUAUUGUGCAACACGUCAAGGACAAUGUUGUCCAUCACGUAAUGAUGAUUGUUCAUAUCCAAUAUUGGGUACACGAUGUUACUGUGAUGAUUUCUGUAAUCGUACAAUUCAUGAUGACUGUUGCCCAGAUUAUUGGUCACAUUGUCGUGGAAUUGAGCCACCACCAGCAACCUUUCGACAAUGUACGGAUGAGAACGGUAAAUAUUAUAUACAGGGACAGCAAAGGAAGAAGAAUUGUAACACAUGUACCUGUUCAAAUGUUGGAGAACGAGCUGAAUUUCUAUGCGAGGAUAACGAAUGCUUAGUCGAUACCGAUUUAAUAAAUGACGUAAAUAAUAAUCGCCUGGAAUGGUCUGCUACAAAUUACAGUAAAUUUUGGGGACAUACUCUUAAGGAAGGUUUAAAAUUACGUUUGGGUACAUUUGCACCAAGCUAUUAUAUACAAAAAAAUAUGAAUCCAUUAAUGUUAGUUUAUGAGCCAAAAACACUACCACGACAAUUUGAUGCUGCUGAUAAAUGGCGUAGUGCCAUAUCUCCAAUUCGGGAUCAAGGUUGGUGUGGAUCAUCAUGGGCCAUUAGUACCACAUCGGUAGCUUCUGACAGAUUGGGAAUAAUGUCCGUAAAUUUGGAAAAUGUUGAUUACAGUCCACAACAUUUAAUAUCAUGCAACAUUAAAGGCCAACAAGGAUGCAAUGGUGGUCAUGUCGAUAGAGCCUGGACAUAUUUAACAUUAAAUGGGGUUGUCAACGAAGAAUGUUUCCCAUAUGAAGGUGUUGAUAAACGAUGUCCAUUUAAAAAAGGUUAUAAUUUAGUUAAAGCUGGCUGCAGACCAAAAGUAUUAUCACGUAAAAAUUAUUAUGUGGCAAGUCCAUGGUAUUCACUGGGCAAUGAGACUGAUAUUAUGGAAGAGAUUCGUCGAUCUGGUCCAGUACAAGCAAUAAUGACUGUGUAUCCAGAUUUAUUUGUAUAUCAACGUGGUAUUUAUUCACAUUUACCAGAAGCAUCCAGAAAACCAACUGGAUACCAUUCAGUUCGAAUUGUAGGAUGGGGCGAAGAACGAGGUGUCAAAUAUUGGAAAGUGGCAAACUCUUGGGGAAAAGAUUGGGGUGAGGACGGAUACUUCCGUAUUGUUCGUGGUAAAAAUGAAUGUAAUAUUGAACGUUACGUAUUUGGAACAUGGGUUCAACCAGAGAAUUUUAUUCUCACAACAAAUCCAUAAAUGAAUUCAAGUUCACAUAAACUAUUCAACACAAUUAAGGAGAUAAAACAAAAAGAAGAUCCAGUUUAUGUGAAGUUCAAUUUUUUUUAAUAUAAGAGAACUGCUCGUAGUUAACCAUUCUUGAUAACACUAAAAUUCAAUUCGUGUUUAUUUUAUAGUUUUUAUAGUAAAUAAAGAGGUACAAGAUUUUAUUCAGCCUAUCUUUAGUUGGCUCAAAGAUACUCAAAGUAUCUUGAUCUAAGAUUAGAUCUACCAACUUUUAAAAAGAAUUUGCUGAAAACUACCAACUUUUUAAAUCAUAUCUACCACCUAGACAGAUUUUGGGUUGGAAACGCUGGACUGCCAAAUCAAGGAUGUGAACUUCUAAAAACCAUCCUUUACUUGAUUGACUUGUACUGUAGAAUAAUGUUGACAUACAAAAACAAUAAUAGUAAUAAAUAAUAAUUUACCUAAAAAUAUCUCCUUUUUAAAACGCUCUAUUAGAUAUAGAAGGGAUCAAAGUAUGUCGAUGUAAUAAAACUUGCCUAAGUAUGGAGUUGCUUUGUUAGGGAGCUAGACAGUCCUAAAGUUGGAAUUUUGAAAUAGUUUUUUGGAACUUAACUCCAAACGCUAAAAUUGGAUAUCUAGAUAUUGUUUUAUAGGAAAAAAUAAAAAUUAAAUUUAUCAUCAAUAGUAAGAGACCCUUAAGUGCUCUAUUAACGAUAUUUUUAGAUGUUGAAGAACAUCUGGAACCAUGAACGGAAAUUUUCAUAGUUAAAUUUUAUUGUUUUAAAUUAUUAAUAUUGCAAAUUUUGAGUAAAUCAUAAUAGGCGAUUUUUAUCGAGAGUACAUUUUCGCAGUAGACAAUUUACUAAAUCAAAAUUCAACCUUUUCAGUCCUUUACCUCAUUGGGUGUAUAAAUAUGAGAGAUUUGUCCUAUAAAACAAUGCCAAAUUUGGCAACGUAGCCUUUGCGUUUGAGGUUAAGUUACAAAAAAAUUUUUAAAAUUUAAGACCGCCUGGGCCCCAAACUAAGCAACUUGGUACCAAGGCAAGUUUGGCUAAAUCAAAUUAUUUUGCGCUGUACUAUAUCUGGUAGAGCGUUUUAAAGACAUUUUAGGUAUAUCCGGUAUUUUCCUUUUCUAGCUACCAGAAACAGGCCAACCCGUGCUAACUUAACCCAAUAUAAUAACACAAACAGCAUGGAUUUUUUAAAUAAUUUAAGCUUAAUAGGAAACAUUUAAGAUGGUCUUCAUGGCAAAAAAAAUUCAAAGAUGCACUGCCUUAAAUCUAGCCUCACUGGUCCUCUUGUAUUAUCAUAACUGAACUCAUUACUCGUUAUAAAAAUUUCAAAUUUAUUUUUGGAUAUAUAUUAAUUAAAGUGAGAAUUGCCAAGACAUUUCUACUGGGAGUAGCCCUUAUUUAGAAUUUUGGUCCCCAUUUUAAGAUUAUAAAACCUUGAACCUUGUUAAGAGCGGUAAAAUAAAAUUGAACUUUAGUAUUAUCGGAGAAAGGUUGAUUAUGAACGGCGAUCUUGGAUCAUUUAAAUUAGAGUUUAAGUCAAUUCUAAAUAUGUGCCUUAAUAAUUAAUUUAACGAAUGAACGCUUUAUGUAAGAUAGCGUUAUUAUAGAAAUUGUUUUAUAAAUUAAGGAAAUAUUGUAAAUUACGAUUUUCUAGAAAUUAUUUGAAGAAAGUUUACAAGAAAAUAAACAUAGUACUGCCAUCUAUUAUAAAUAGGUAAUAAAUUAUGUACUGCCAUCUAUAAUAGAGCAGUCCGUAUCCCGAAAAAUAGGUCCGGGCUCUGUUCCUGUCGCCAUACACGUCAAUUUUUAAAAUGCCUCCAAAAAAACAUUUAUAGCUUCUCCGACAAUUCUCAUUUACGUUAACUUCACGAAAAUAACGAUGGUUUAUUUUUUUUUGUUACGCAAAUUAUAUCUUGCCGCAGGUUAUAGGAUUUGUGGUAAAGUGUUGACCAUGGAGGUUAUAAA